AUGGGGUUGAGGUCGUGGCUCUAUGCAGGGGUGAACUACGUGACUCGUAAGAUCAGCCGUUCUGUGGCAAAGGUUCACCUGGGCCAGCUGGAGAGCAUCAGUCUGGGUAACCUGCACUCCAAGAGAGACUGGGACCAUGCCAAGGACUACGCAGAGAUGAUGUGGCUGAUGCUUCAGGAGGAAGAGCCAGAGGACUUGGCCAUAGCGACAGGGGAGGUUCAUAGUGUCAGGGAGUUUAUGAGAAGUCCAGUGGGCAAAACCAUUGUGUGGGAGGGGAAGGAUGAGAACGAGGUUGGUCGUUGCCAGUCAACAGCGUUGGUGAACAUGAAUGUGCACCCCAAGUACUACCGUCCUACUGAAGUGAAGAUCAUGGUGAUCAACCAGUUGGGGGUCAUUUGA